GUUUGAAAUCCCCGAACGACUGAGUGACUGCUAUCUGAUUCACUCGAACCGCACCCUUGGCCAAGCUUCAUCAUGUCACGCAGCAACCGCUCCCCCUCGCCGUGUUUACCCAGACUACAUCGGACGUCACACACGCUGCCCCGAUUCACGGCCUUGAGAAACGGCCCAUGCUCAUCCGAGAUUUUUAUCCAACCCUCAGCAGCUCCAUCUUCAGCUUCAGAAGGUGGUCCUGCAUUGCCAGCACCAUCCUCUCGUUACCCUUACCACCAUCCUUCGAUCAACCACAAACAUUUCACUAUGGCUUCCAACUUUCCCACACCUUCCGGCUCGAAUGCUUUAGUAAUUGUCCACGGUGAGGGCACUCAGCCUACUGGCAGAUCUUCCCAAGGAAUCGAUAUGAUAGGUUUCGCCCAAGGAUUUGUGGAAUUGAUUAACAACGAGCAUCAAGCUCGUGUAUUAGCUGAUGACCUCCGCCGUCAGGUUACGCGUCUGCAAUUCGAGAAGGGGCUUCUCAGACACGAUUCUGAUGAUUCCCGACUGCUUCACAAGAAGAUGGCCGACCACACCGCCGCUUGCGAGGACCAGAUUGCCAGACUCAAGGAACGUGAGCGCAGUCUUAUCUCACAAAAGGAUACCCUUCAACGUGAAGCCGAGCGCUCUCACCAGCAAAUCCAAGAGCUUCAAGCCCAUGUCACGGAAUUGGUCAGCAAAUCGAAACGUGUCUUUGAUGAGGAAAAUACCCUACGCCAGCUUGUCGAAGACCUCGCGCAAACUGUGAAAGUAGAGACCGAGAAGGGAGAGAAGAGUCUCCAGGCCUUUUGUAACUUACAGAAAGCCCACCAUGACAUUGAUGAAACACUUAAAACCAUGGAAGUGACAUCUUCUCGAGCUACCAAAGAGGCCAGACGUCUCCAUGACGCCAACAUCAUUCUUACCAGGGAUAAUUCAAAGCUUUCGGAAGUCAAGAAAGUCCUCGAACUUCAGCUUGAACACGUCCGCAGUGUCUUCGAGUCGGGACUCCAGCAAAAGCAACAAGCUCUGCUUGAGUCCCAGCGUAAGGCGGGCAUGCUCAGGCAGGAGAAUGAAGUCCUCAAGAAUGCCCGUCAGGCUCUUGUGCAGGAGAACAGGGCCUUGAGUAAGCCCCGGAAAAUGGACGACGAUGAGAAAGCUAGUCUUCUCGCUCAGGUGCACGAGCUGGAGGAUACCAACAAUGCGCUUGAAAGCCUCGUUGAAGUGACUAUCUCAUCCCCGACAUAUCCAAAGAGGCUUUUCGCUAACAUGCUACUUGCUAAGGCAUCCGCAGUCGAUCUCGAACAGAUGGAAGAAAAGCUCGAGAUCGCCACGGAGUUGCUCCCUACCGACAUAGCCACAAAGCCCUCACCCCAACCACAACGACUUUUCGAUGCGUCGGUCGCAAAACUGGAUAUGGAGUACGAAUGGGCAGAGCUAUGUUCUGGGUCGAGAGAAUCGCAUGUCGUACGCACAAGAUGUAACAGAUGA